AUGUAUUGUCCGGCUUUGCAUUCACUGCGGACAGACGACGUACAAUAUGAUUUUGAAACUCAAAAUGAACUUCGUUCCCUACAGGUACAACGGCAACUACAACCACGACGGUUACUACUACAACUACGUCUGUUACGUCGACGAGUAAGUACACCAUUUAAUCUUAUACCAGUGCUUGCAGUUGGUUUAGCGCUUUUAGUGGCUUUCGCAACUUUAGUAGCAUUCACAGCUUGGGUCUGUUAUUGUUGUCGUCAGUGUCCCUUCCACCAUUUCAAAUGUAAAAAGCGUCGCAUAAAAUGGAGACGAAAAUUUUCUGAUGCACGACCGAGAACAUCAACAAACGACCAAGAACCAUCGCAGCGAGCAAGACAUGAGUCCCUACCGAAAUAUUCAUCAGUCUUACUAAAGUUUCAUGUUAUCGAUAAAACUGAACGGCCUCCUGCACCAUAUCGCGUUAGGGAUAUAACGAUAAAUACGCCAUCCCCAUUACAAAAUUAUCAAGUUACUGAUAAAACGCAUAUCGUGAGUCGAACAGAUGUUAGUGAAAGAUUUUCAGAUACUGGUAGACUGACAUCUAAUACAAGCGUUAGUUUUGAUUUAAAUGGUAAUGUCGGCUACAGUCUGGCUAAUGUUCACGUUUGA